AUGAAGUUCCUUAAGACGUCGAGGGUCUGCCUCGUUACCCGGGGUCGCUAUGCCGGCAAGAAGGUUGUGAUCAUCCAGCCCGUCGACAGCGGUAACAAGUCGCACCCCUACGGCCACGCCCUGGUUGCGGGCAUCGAGCGGUACCCGAGCAAGAUCACGCGCCGCAUGUCCAAGACGAGGCAAGAGAAGCGCUCCAAGGUCAAGCCCUUCAUCAAGGUCAUCAACUACAACCACCUGAUGCCCACCCGCUACACCCUCGAGCUUGAGGGUCUCAAGGCCGUCCUUAACGCCGAGACCUUCAAGGAGGUCAGCCAGCGCGAGGAGGCGAAGAAGACGGUCAAGAAGGUGCUCGAGGAGCGCUACACGAGCGGCAAGAACCGGUGGUUUUUCACUCCUCUGCGCUUUUGA